CCUCCCUCGACCGCCCCUGUUUUGUUGUUUGGCUAAAGAUGGCGUUAGCGGCUAACACAGGCGAUUGCAUUUUGUUUCACAAAAAUUAUUCGGCCAGUGGUAAAAAACAUUGAUCAAAUAGAGUUUUAAUUCGUCAUUUGAUGGGCCAAAAUGUGUCACAUUGAGCAAAUACACGUCCAUUACGUAGAAUAACGCUUGUUCGGCCUUCUCACGAUGUAGGCCUGUUUUUAAGGGAGUGGACCGGAGCUGUUGGGACUCCAUCUCCCGUCAGGAAGUGCGGCGUCAGGUGGUACAACUUUUCCUAUUUCUUGGUAUCUGUAGUUUUCUGUAGGACACGCAAAUAAUUUUUUUUUUUUUUGUUGUUAUUGUGGAAACUUUAAAAAAAAAAAAAAAAGGAAGGAACUAGUUAAGAGCACAUGUUGAGUCAACUGAGUUAACAAGGUAGGAAUUUAAAGUGAAAAAGGACAUGUUGUUUAAUUUGUCAGUAUUUCACUGGAAGCGUCCAGUGAUGCUCCACAGGCUGGAGAAUAAGUGUCUACACUGAGAGGAGGAAAGGUUAAGAUAAUUGAACCCGUAGCCUGCCAGGAAAGAGGGACAAUGGCAGCCUCACCUGUGCAAGGUGACUGGAAACAAUCUCGACCACCCUCCAGAGAGGGGCACCCAACAUCACCAGAGUCCUCUUUGACCUGGUGCCUUGCUCACCUCUCCAAACCCGGAUCAGGGGCCGAUCAUCACGGGCACGGCAAGGCUGAGUCAGGCAGUGGCAGAGAAAUGGACAAGAGGUCCAGAGUGUCUCAGUGGCGAGCCUUGGUCGCUAUCCGGACUCAGCACAUCAAGGGUGACAAGGCUGGCAUUGCCAGGUUCAGAAGUCAAGGUGGUCUCCGGCCCCUGUUGGACCUCCUCAAACACCCAGAUUGCUCCAGGAAAACCAUGGACCUGGCUCUGAGCAUCCUGGCAAACUGUUGCACCGAGCUGGAGACGCGUAUAGAGGUCCGUAAGCACGAUGGAAUAAAUGUUGUAGUGGACAUCCUGAAGAGAAAUGUGGCCCUGGAGACCGUCCAGAACCGAGCAGCCCGAGCUUUGGGAAACUUGGCCAUGGAUCCAGAGAGCUCUGCACUCAUCCACUCUGCUGGUGGUGUUCCCCUUCUCCUCCUUUGUGUGUCUCUUUCUUCCGCCCCGUCCUCCCCCACUGCCGCUCCACCCAAAGACACCUGUCCUAAACUGGAGUGCGCUCAGUCGGCUGCACGUGCUCUCCUCUACCUCUCGGAUACGCCCUCUAACCGCCUGUCACUGCUCACCCAAGGGACCUUAUCUGCCCUUGCCCCUCUCAUCGCUCCAGAAUAUCCCCAGGGGCUGAGGCGUGCCGCGCUCAGGACCCUCCACGAGCUGACCCGUGGUUGUGGCGUCGAAUGCGCCAGGGAGGUGUCCCGUUCUGGAGUCCUCGCUCAGCUCGGCGUCAUGGCGUCGGGGGAGAGUGGUAAACCUUUCGAGGAGCUGGCACUGAAAACCCUGGCCAACGUGUGCUCCCAAGGCUGCCUGCGCCCUCUCGUGGGGUCACUGGGGGUCAUUCCGAAGUUCACAGAGGAGAUCAAGAGGGACCCACUAAAGUCUGGAGUCUUCCUCAAGGCUCUGUGCCUGUGCUGCAAGGAGGCGGUCAACCGGGCCAAGGUGAAGGAGAGUGGCGGAUUGGAGGUGCUAAUUGGCUUUUUGGCUACACAUCACAGCCAUCCCCUUUCCAGACUAGCCAUCCUGGCCUGCGUAGACUUUGUUUUCGAUGAAGCUGCUAUGGAGCAAUUGCAAGAGCUCGGGCUGGUCCCUCUGCUUGUUGCGCGACUGGUCGAGCUCGCCAGAGGAGAGGAACAAUCUGCGGAGAAGAUGGACGUGAGCCUCUCCUCCAGCAUGUCUCCCACUGAGCUCCUGCCCUCCUCAUGUUUUGACUCCUUUGACUUUCCUGCUCCCGAGGGCUGCAAGAAGGAGGAAGCUGGUAGGGAGCAAGGUCUAUGUUCAUCGAGCUUUUUAAGUCUCAGGUCCUGGUUGGUGUCUGAGGGUUUGAUCUCGUCAGAGGGGGACCUGCUGGAUUCCUCUGGUGUUGAAGGGGAAUGGGGUAGUCUUCAGAUGCCACCGUCUUCAUCCCCUCAGACCUCCUCCCCAAAUCCGGAUUCCCUGUCCUCUCUUAAAAACUCUUCUUCCUCCAACUCGACGGCCUCUUCCACUUCUAAAAAAGCAGCUCAGCCUCCCGCUGUGUCCUCUUCGGCCCAGUCACCCUCACUGAAAAUCACCGAUCCGCCUCCCUCUAGUCCUCAACCUCCCAGUCUACUCACACCCCAAACCCAGCCCACUAUCUCCUCUCCCACUAAAACAACCCAAACACCAGUCUCUCCAUCAAAGUUCUCAUCCCCUCACAGAAGGAGGCAGCGUGUUCAUUCAGCAGCUUGUUUGACUAAGGUCACUCUUGAAACCCCUCCCUCUUUGCCCCGCCCGAUGGCUUACCACCACCCGUACCACCCUGAACCUUGGACGCCCGAGUCGCCCAUCCUGCUGCUGCUGUCGCGCUUCUCCCAUGCCACCGACCCAAGCACUGCUCUGGUCAGCUCAGGCAUCAUGUCCGGCUUGCUCUACUACCUCACCCAGCACCAGGACCCCAGCAGCAGGUGCCUCCGUAUGCUGUGCCGACUCAGCUGCAACCCAAACUGUUUGCAGGCACUGGUCCGAACCGGCUCAGUCGCGCUGAUUCGUCACCAUCUGUGCCAGAGUCGGGGAGAAUAUGAGGCAGAGGAGAGGCAGACGGACCGAGUGAAAGCCAAAGUUAAACAACUUGGCCUAGCUCUUCUCAAUAAUCUGCGAGUCCAGUGUGAGUCUGGAUUUGGCUCCGGGGUUCUUGCCCAUGUGAUGCUGUCAGGGUCUGAGUCUGACAAGAUGAACUGUGCGCUGUCUCUGCCAUUGAUCUGCAGCAACAAGUCUCUGUUGAAGAAGCUUCUUCUGGACAACAGUGGACUACUCCUGGCUCUGCAGCCCCUUGGUUGCGAUGACGAUGACGUGGAUGAAGACAACCCCACUGAAUGUGGAAAGUUGCUUUCUGACUGGUUUAAUUCACCGCAUGUAGGCCUGACCUCUCAGCUCCACUCGCUGUACUUCUCCCUCCUGACUGGAUGCCUGUCCACCCUGAUGGGUGGCCUCAAAAUGGAGCUUGACAAAAAACAUCUCAGCCCAAUUACAACACAGUCAGUCAGAAAACUUGACAGCAUGUUACCCCCUCCUUCGAAGAAGCCCCGCCUGACCGACAUCUGUCCUUACGGAGUUUCGAACUUUGACCUCCUCUUGCUGCUGGACGACGGGACUCAGAUUCCAGCCAACAGGGAGGCUGUGGCCGGGGUGGAGGGGACGAAUGGGGCCAGCUCUGAAUACUUUUGGGCUCUGUUGAAAGGCGGAUUUGGAGAAGCUCAGGGUAAUGCAGGAGAAGCCAUCCGCAUUAAAGACGUCAGCACGGGUAUGCUGCUACCAGUUCUUCACUACCUGCAUGGAUGUCGCCUCACCAAGGAUACAGAAAAGACAAGAGAAAGUGAUGAUGGAAGUAGGAGAGGACAGUGUCAGAUUUUGGACACAUUGGUCCUUGAAGGACUGGGCAUCUGCCAAACGCAGACAAAGCAUCACUUGGAGGGAAACGCGGCUUUUCAGAAAACCGCUUUAGGCGAGGUGAUGAUUGGAGCGUGCAGGUUUUUGGUGACUGAGCUGCAGAGAGAGUUGGAAGAUCUCUGUGUGUCUCUUCUCCUGUCCUGCUCCACGAAGGCUUCUAGUCGAGCUGCAUCAGCUCCAACAGAGGACAACGCCGACAAGGCUGCAUCUAAGAUGGACCAAGAAGGCCUCGAGUUCGCAGAGGACAACCUGGCCAAUCGAACAUCUGAGCUAGAAUUGACUGGUUGUGAAGCACAAACAGAACAUUUACCAGGACAGACGAGGAAACCGAACAGUUCCCCACACCAGACAGACUGUAUGAAAACCUCCUCUGCUGGAACAGGUCCGAAGGCCAGCAGGGUCAAAAGUGUCACUCCAGUUUCCAAAUCAAGCUGUGCGUCAGUGGGGGACAAAUCAUUGGAUCCUGAAGAGUUGAAGCUCAGACCAAAGAACUUGAUGAAAAGUUCAGCACAGCUUCUGAAAUCAGCAGCUCAGGACUCCGUUUCUUCCUCAGAAGCCAAGUCAGGUGGUAGGACCCUGGCUGCUCUCCUCCCCCAGGUAUACUGGUUUUCCCAGCGGUACAGCUACCCAGCACUGGGUCGGACCUGCCUGUCUUUGCUGCUGGGCUGUCACGACUGCCGUCGGCCCUUCUUGUCCUCCUCCCUCGUCGGGGAUUGCCUUCGCCGACUUGCCAGAGAGGCCGACUGUACAGAGACUCUGAAACAGGAUCUACUAAGUCUGGCCACAGAAGCUCUGAGCUGAGCAAGGAGGGGAACUAUUGAGUGACGCUGGCAUGAAUAUAAAAAGCACAGCUUAAGUGAGAGUCAACUUAGGGGCUUGUUAUAAGCUUCUAGAAAAAGUUUCCAUUGUAUUAAUUUAAGUUCAGGUUACAACAACCACACUAUUAUCUAAAAAAAAAAACAUGCUGUAUGAAUUUCUUCAGCACUAACAGAACUGACUGUUGAUUUAUUUUCGUAAACUGGAAGCAUAAAAUUUCUAUUUAGUUUUGAUGUAAUCUGAUAUAAACUGUAGCCCGUCCCAGCAUGACAUAAUUGUAUCAUAAUUUACCGUUGUUGGAUUAAUUUCUAAUGACAUUUGUAUUGUGGAUUUUUUUUUUUUUCUUCUCCCUCUUUUGUUUUUUUUUGUUUUUUAAUUUGGGGAAACAAAUAAGCAAAUGUCUGCAAUGCAUCUGAUGAAUGUCAUUUAGCUGGAAGUACUGGAAUGAUCAGGGUUGGUUUAGGAGCCAGUUGUUUAUUUGUACAUAGAGAUAAUAUUGAUUAGCAGAUAUACAGUGUAUAGAUUCCAACUGUCCCAUAUUAAUUUAUGCCACUGAAUAUAUUGUUGGAAUAUCACUUUUGCUUUUGUUUUUCUCUUGUUGGGAGUGUGGAUAUAGAAAACGGCCACAGUAAGCUGGCAAUGUUCUACAUUGUUCUUAUGAAAGACCAUAACCAACAAUGUUUUGGUCCAUCUCAAUACUUUCCAACUUCACAAUCUUGUUUGUGGCUCUCCGCCUCAAGCUCAUUGAUUCCUACUAGAAUGAAUAUCAUGAAUAUAUAAUUAGAUUUAAACCAAAAGGCCAGAUAUUACAGCUGGGCACUGUAGUUUUUAGCAAACAUUAUUCAAACAUGAAUAAAUAGUGCAUUUGUUGGGGAUUAUUUUCAGCAGUGGAUUCAUACACGUUUGGUGCUCUAGUGAGUGUGUGGGUCAGCAGGAUGGAUAAAACAAACAGUGUGUAUGUUCAUGGAAACAGACAGUAUUUGGUAGUAGAUCAAUUCACUGUUGGUUUUGGUCUUUUCAUGGAAUUGUUUGGCAGCAAGAAAAAUACAGAAUAUAUUACCAGCCUGCUUUCAAUCUUUAAAGGCUCAUAUGUGCCAGAUUUAAACCAGUCUGUCUUUGGCUACCCCUAGUGGUAGUGUAUAGACACCAUAAGAGAGAGCAGCCCAUUCUGCUGUGACACUUAAAGUAGAACAUUUUUUUUUCUAUAAGUCUUGAGAGGUUGAUUAAAUUGAGCACUACUCUGAAUUAAACAAAAUACAUGGCA